UGUGUAAGCACAAUUUAAUUUUGCUUCAUAUAAGUACUUUUAUUAUUGGAAUUCAAUCCAGCAAGGAAACUAUUGAAUUUAGAUGGAUUGAGCAGAAGUUGGAUCAUUUUCAUAAGGAUUCCAGAACAUUUAAAAUGAGAUAUAUGGUUAAGGAGGAUUAUUUUAAGCCAAAUGGAACAAUAUUUUUCUUUAUGGGAGGGGAAGGAUCAAUUUUAUCGCCGACCACAAAUGUUUCUAACAUAAUGUUGACAAAGAGUUUCAUUCACGACUUGGCAAAGAAAUAUGGAGGCUAUCUGGUGCACAGUGAACAUCGUUACUAUGGAGAAAGUAAAGCGACCAAAGAUCUCCACUUAAAGUCCUUAAAAUACCUAACUGUUCCCCAGGCAAUGGCCGAUGUGGCUCAUUUAAUUCAGUUUUUAAAAGCAAACUACACUUUUUUUGGUGAGUCUAAGGUAUUUCUUGUGGGUGGAUCGUAUUCCGGAUUUAUGGUGCCGUGGUUUGCCAAACUUUAUCCAAACUUGAUUGAUUUAGGCUGGGGUUCCAGUGCCCCGUUUCAGUUUAAAGUUGAACUGAAAGCGUUCUAUACAAAAGUUUUUAAAAUUGUUCAACAUAUUGGAGGUAGAAAGUGCCGUGAUAGGAUCAUAUAUGGUUUUGAAACUCUUCGAGCGGACAUUAAAAAAGAUAAUACCCUAAAGCUUGUGGAAAUGAAUAUUUGCGGAUUUGACCACGUCAAUAAAUUUCAUGUUUUUAAUUUAUUUGAAAGAUUAACUAAAGUCAUUGGUUCUCUGGUGCAAUACGAAAAUAAAACUAAUAUUCAAAGCGCCUGCAAAGAGAUUUCAGAAACCUCUUUUACAUCUUACCUUAGAAAUAAACUUAAUGGAAAUUCUACAAAAUGCUACGACUCAAUAUCCAGUUUAAAGCCGUUGCGGGACGUUCGAUUCAUCACAGAUUCAUCACGCCUCUGGUUUUAUCAAUGUUGUAGUCAGCUUGGAAACUUUCAAACUUCUGAAUACAUUCCAUUGGAUUUUUGGCUGGACAUGUGUACCGAUGUAUUUGGUUACAAGUUUUCCUACUGUUUUAUUAGCAAAAAGGUGAAAAACACUGAUGAUAACUUUAGGGACUUGGACAGUAGUGAAAAGCUUCAGCGCGUGUUUUUGACCCAGCCAGAAUUGGAUGCUUGGUCAGCUACCAAAGUGAGAAAACACAAACGGACUUAUGUCUUAAAGGGUGCAUCUCACUGCGAGGACCUACAACCAUCACCGGUGAAUGUAAACCCAUAUAUAAAAAACCUAAUGAUGGACAUCGAUUUCGAAGUGCAAAAAUUACAAAAAGAUAUACCACAAUAAAUUAUUUUAUUUUAUUCACAAAAA